AUGAACCAAUCAAAAGGGCCAAUACCACUGAAAGUUGGCUACUACGAUCCGUUUGCGAUCUUCCCAAGACUUAAGGAUGACCUGGACCUGGUUUCCAAGCUGGAUAAGCUCCAUUGGAAACCCAACCAGUCGGCCUCUGUCCGGACCAUUAAUAACAUCAAAUUGCAUUAUGUCCCGUCAUCUGACAACCAUUACCUCAAUUUCAUCUUCAUCAACAGCACCAGUCUCGACGAGUACCGGGCCAAGGUGCGUCCGGUGGUCAAGCAAUGGCUCAACAACAUCCGCGCCCUCAAACCAGCAUGUAUAUAUUUCAUUAUUUUGUACGAGGACUCGUCGCAGGUCUCGAGAACAGACAAGUUGUUGAAAACCAAUUUGCUCACCAAAUUGAAAACAGACUUUGUUCACGAUGAGCUCCCGUUCGAUACCAUUUUCAAGAUCAAGUCGUCGUACCCGUCGCCAGCAGACAAGAAGGAGAACUGGACAGCAUUGUUGGGCUCCAUUAGAGCCGGUCUCACUGAAGCGUUCGGGUACCGGCUGACGUACUUCCAGUCCAAAGAUUCGCUUUCGAGUCUCAACAACGAAGCAAACUUGUACAUGGAUCUGGGCCAAUUGGAGGACGCAUUGGACUGUUUCGAACGAAUGUUUGUCAAGGUGAACAGAAUGAAGAUCCCUGACGGACUGGAAGAAGCUACCGUGGACCAGUUCCCGUUGGCAGAAAAUAACAUUGUCAUCGACUUCAACUCCAAGUUCAAGCUCAAGGCGUACUUCUUCAAGCAACAGACCGUCAUAUUGCGCGACUCGGCCACCACAGAGGCCUCGUUUGUGCGCAACCAGAUCCGCUGGAUCCACCUGCUCUUGAGCUUUAUACGGUCGUUCGACGCCAGCUACAGACGGAACGAGCUCUCGUUAGCCCUGAUCGACGACUAUUUGUCCAGCAAGCAGUUGCAACAGCUGCUCCGCCAAACAGACAGAGAUCUUUCUGAACUGUACGAGAAACUUGGCGACUUGCGUCUGUUAAACAGAAACGAGCUGAUCAAACUUGCGCACUCGAAGAAGUACGUUCUUUCUGGCUCUCUGGUGGAGAUCCCGCUGUCUGAUGAGCCGUACGAGCUGAUCGCCAAAGUUUCGCAGACCAAACUGGCCUCGGAGAAAACGUUCCACCAAAUAGCCGUCCAGGACACCAAGGACGCCAUCGAGGCAUACUCCAAGUCGCAGGCGCGUCCGCGCACCGUGGACACGCUGUCGACCGAACUUGCGUUGAUUUACUUCCACAACAUGAAGGAGCUGGAGACGUCGUCGGAGAUUCUGAGCGACUCGUUCACUUACUUCAAGAACUCUGAUUGGGAGUUCAUCACAUUGGGCGUGCUCAAGAUCCUGAUCGAGAACCUGGAGCAGCUCAGCGGGAACCACGGCGACGUUCUGCCGGUACUGCUGGGCUCCUACUUGGAGCUCGUUGCCAAAGACGAGCCGUUUGAGAAAGACAAGCUCGACCGCAUGCUGGCUAGUCUCACAGAAAAGGUCAACUUUGUGUCGACGGAGCUGUUUGAGUGCAAGCUCGACACCUGCAUCGACGCCGUCGACGUGGACGUGUACGGGAUCAGUGUGCAGAUCACCAGCAAGAUCGAGGUCGCGUUCGACGAGAUGAUCAUCACGUUCGACAAGGCCUCUUUCCGGCUGGCCAACGGCAAGCUCGGCCGGUACAACACGUUUGUGCUCACGUCGGGCGACCUCACGUGCGGCGUGCUGGAGGCACAGAAGAUCAUCAUCCGCAUCGGCCAGCUGGAGAUCCAGAGCUCUUUGAAAGGCCAGGUGUUUGCGUUCCAGAUCGAGCAAUUCCAUAAGGACGGCCAACUGCAGAAUAACACGGUGCUGGAGGCAGUGGUGCCGCGCGUGCGCCAUCUCAACAAGGACGAGAUCAUGCUGGUUGCGCGUGUCGGGUCGCGGCCGGUGGAGGACUGCAGUUUCGUGUUCUACAAAACAGAUAUCGACCGUUUGGUAGCCGGGUCCACUUAUGUGGUGGAGCACGAGGGGAAGCAGAUCGACGCGGAGAUCGAAAGCACCCCGGACAAGCUGGUUUUCCAGUGCCAUGGACAGUUUGCGGCCGGAACCACAGCACUCGUGCGGAUCCCCUACUUCUUCCCACCAGAGGUGGCCAACACGCUCGUUUCGCUGUCGUACGGACUUGCUUUUGCUGGCCACGCCAAGCACGUGACCACGCAGCUGGACACACAGCUGCACAUUGCCGUUUCCGUGCAGGACAUAUUCAAGUCGUCGAAGCUGUUUUCGAACUACUCGAUCAAUUCGCCCGUUCUGAACCAGCCGGUGCGUAUCCAGACGGUCGAGCUCACGUCGCGUAACUCCACCGUCAAGACGUGGCAGCAGCCGCACAACAUCGUCGCGUUCAACGACCAGGGGUCCACGUUUUUCUACAAGAUCGAGAGCCUCAACGACGAGAGCCUAAACCUGCAGAUCGACUACAACAACAUCAAGGACGAGAUGGUGUGCAUUCUGGAGCGACUCUUCACUGCACAGAUCAUGCGCCACAGUCCGCGGCUGGUGAAGUACCUGGGGCUGUUGCGUGCUCUGUUGCGCGCACAGAGUCUCAAGGUCAACCACUAUGCUCUCACGGGGAACAUCCGGCUGGACCCGCUGGACGUUCGUCGCCAUCACCAGCAUCUGGACCGCAUCAAGCAGGAAGAUCUGGCCGACCUCGUUCGCGAGAUCCGACUGUUCUUCGAGUCCAGUCUCGAGGUGGCUCCCGAGCUGCGUGUGGCGGUGCUAGAAGAGGUGCACCAGCAGCUCAACAUCGUCGUGACGGUUCCGACGAUCAACACCAUCAAUAUCGUCGAGUUCGAGUUCGACAAGCAGCUGCAGUACCUCGUUUGCGAGCCGAUCCACGCGCGGCUGUUGCUGAACGUGGUGCUCUUCAAGUUGGAAGAAAAGGAGAACAAGAAGGUGCGGUUCCAGAACGAGCCAGAGGUACCUACGGACGUGAACCUGCGGCUGGAGCUGCUGGAAAACGAGAACAACUGGCUGGUGUCUGGAAUCAAGAACUUUGAGCUCGACCUCGACCUGCGCAACGACAAGAGUCUCAGCUACGCGUUCGACCUGGUGCUGACUCCACUGCGCGUGGGCAAGCUGGAGCUGCCCCGCGUGGAGAUCAAGAACCGGUCGGACUUCCAAAUCCAGAUGGAACUGGACUACAAAAAUAGCUCGGAGAGCGUGCUGGUGGUUUCGGAACUAAACAAGGUGACGUACUCGUUCUAG